AUGUCAUCUAAACCGCUGCCCACAGACCUGCCCAUUUACACCUUUCCCUCCGCACAGGAUUUUGAGGCUUUCCUCGACCGUGAGCACAGAACCGCCCCCGGGUGCUAUGUUAAGCUCGCGAAGAAAGCGGCGGGUGUGCCUUCCAUCUCGUCUGCCGAGGCGGUCGAGGUCGCACUAUGUUUUGGAUGGAUCGACGGCCGAGCAAAUCGUUUCGAUGAGAACUGGUGGUUAGUCAGAUACACACCACGCCGGUCCAAAAGUAUAUGGUCCCGAAAGAAUGUGAAUGCGGUCGCGAGACUGGUCCACGAAGACAAAAUGCGCCCGGCAGGCAUUGCCGCGGUCGAUGCUGCCAAAGCGGAUGGCCGUUGGGCUCGUGCUUACGACGGCCCAGCGACUAUAGCUUUGUCGGACGAUCUCGCUGCUGCUCUUGCUGCCGUGCCUGUGGCGUCCUCGUUCUUCGAAGGUCUGAGCAAGUCAGAGCGAUAUGCGGUGCUCUGGCGCGUACAGACAGCUUCACCUUCAAAUCGGGUCAAGCGGAUCGAAGCAAUCGUCCAGAUGCUGGCGAGUGGGAAUGUGCCCGGUAGAACGGCAAAGCCCCAAACGCAGCCCAAGAACAAACAAUCCGUCAAGAAGACGGUCAAGAAGAAGUCCACGGCGAGGCAAAAAGUGGCCAUGGAAGAUCUACCAAUCGCGCAGUCUCUACCAACGACCAAGCCUAGACAGCCUCGACGUUCUGGGCUACGGCCACGAAGUUGA